UUCACAAACCUCUUGAACACCCCGCCACAUACAGACUUAGCAGCUCUUCCUGAAUUCCAUUUCUUGGUUUUCUCUAUUGUUUCUUUGAGUUUUUUGGUUCAAUAUAUUUUUUUUCUGAAGUCUUCCGGAAGUAAACGAUGUCGCUGAGACCAAGCGCGAGGACGGAGGUGCGUCGCAACCGGUACAAGGUGGCUGUGGACGCGGAGGAGGGGCGACGGCGGAGGGAGGACAACAUGGUGGAGAUCCGAAAGAGCCGUAGGGAAGAGAGCUUGCUCAAGAAACGCCGUGAGGGCCUCCAGGCCCAGCACCUCGCUUCCUCUUUCCACUCCUCCGCCGUCGAAAAGAAGUUAGAACAUCUGCCAUCCAUGGUUGCAGGAGUUUGGAGUGAUGAUAGUAAUCUACAGCUUGAGGCAACUACUCAGUUCAGGAAAUUGCUUUCAAUCGAGCGCAGCCCUCCAAUAGAGGAAGUGAUACAGUCAGGUGUUGUUCCUCGCUUUGUUGAGUUUCUUGUCAGGGAGGACUUCCCACAGCUUCAGUUUGAGGCAGCUUGGGCUCUCACUAACAUUGCUUCUGGGACAUCUGAAAACACUAAGGUGGUAAUUGAUCAUGCAGUCCCAAUAUUUGUCAAACUUCUUGGUUCUCCUAGUGAUGACGUCCGUGAGCAGGCUGUGUGGGCAUUGGGAAAUGUUGCCGGUGAUUCUCCUAGAUGUCGCGAUCUUGUCCUUGGCCAUGGGGCUUUGCUUCCGUUGCUGGCACAAUUGAAUGAGCAUGCCAAGCUUUCUAUGCUGAGAAAUGCUACGUGGACACUCUCAAAUUUUUGCCGAGGCAAGCCACAACCUCCUUUUGAUCAGGUUAAGCCAGCACUCCCAGCUCUUGCACGCCUUAUUCAUUCAAAUGACGAAGAAGUCUUGACUGAUGCUUGUUGGGCACUCUCAUAUCUUUCUGAUGGUACAAAUGACAAAAUUCAAGCUGUUAUUGAAGCAGGUGUUUGUCCUCGGCUUGUUGAGCUUUUACUCCACCCGUCUCCUUCAGUUCUCAUUCCUGCUCUUCGUACGGUUGGAAAUAUUGUCACCGGAGAUGAUAUGCAGACUCAGGUUAUUAUCAACCACAAUGCCCUGCCUUGCCUUUUGAACCUUUUGAACAAUAAUUAUAAAAAGAGCAUCAAGAAGGAGGCUUGCUGGACUAUUUCGAAUAUCACUGCUGGUAACAAGGAGCAGAUUCAGGCUGUCGUUGAGGCUAAUAUUAUUGCCCCUCUUGUUCAUCUGCUUCAAAAUGCUGAGUUUGAUAUUAGGAAAGAGGCUGCAUGGGCAAUCUCAAAUGCAACAUCUGGUGGUUCUCAUGAACAAAUCAAGUAUCUAGUAGAUCAAGGAUGUAUCAAGCCUCUCUGCGAUCUUCUUAUCUGCCCUGAUCCAAGGAUUGUAACAGUUUGUUUGGAAGGGCUUGAAAACAUAUUGAAGGUAGGAGAAGCCGACAAGAAUUUGGGAACUACUGGAGAUGUCAACUUCUAUGCUCAAAUGAUUGAUGAUGCCGAGGGGCUAGAGAAAAUUGAGAAUCUCCAGAGUCACGACAACACUGAGAUUUAUGAGAAGGCUGUGAAGAUUCUUGAGACGUACUGGUUGGAGGAAGAGGAUGAUACAAUGCCACCAGGUGAUGCUCCCCAGUCUGCAUUCAACUUUGGAGGGAGCGAGAUCCCUUCUGUUCCUUCUGGUGGAUUUAACUUCAACUGAAGCAGGAUUUGGUGGUGCGAGAAUAGUUGGGGUCAGGUCAAGUGUCUAGUCGUGUUUGGGUCGGUCCUCUUUGGUCAAGUAUCGGGCGUGCUUUUUGGGGUAGCCAGACUGGCCAAGUGUCUGCAAUGGCUGGAUUUUUGGUUGGGGGGACAAUACUUGGAUCGUAUAUGAUGAACUGGGAUUUAUCGGUGCAACAUGGAUGUGAAGCCAGGGUUCUGUAUAUGGGGAACGGUUAUCCCGGGUGAUUGGGCUCUCCAAUAAAGUUGAUGUUGAGUCUCUCAUAAUUUGAUUUUAUUGGUUCAGUUGCCAUAGAAGUGGAGUCGGUCUGGUGUCAGUCAGGUCAGGUCGGGUGAUUUUUGCACUCUAAAACUCUCUUGUAGGUUGUUCAAGGGGGGAUAUUGGAAUUUUCCGUUCCUUAGUAGUGUACGUGUUGAUUUUUUUCUGUAUCCUUAUGGGUCGAAAUUGUAUUAUGUGGGGUAUACCAUUUUUACUUGUUUGAUACGAAAAGCUGUCUAAAACGCAUUGAAGGUAAAGAGUUUCCAGUAUUAUUGAUAUAAAUAACACUUCCGGGGUGCCUUAGCUUGUUUUA